CACACAGCUCUGAGGUGCCGAGUCCUCUGGCUGCUGCCUGACAUCUCUCUCCUCCUGUCAUCUGUGAAGUACAAGCCGCAGAGCCGUGGCCGAGAUGUCUGAGGGACCUUCCAGGAUCUCGGGACCCAUCCCUCCCGACCCUACGCUGUUCCCAGACUAUUACAAACGCCCCCUAUCAGCUCGAGGGAGGCUGGAAGGGAAUGCCUUGAAGCUGGACUUCCUCUCGGGCCCUUUAGCCCCAGAUCCCAGCCUGUACCCCACCUGCUACAGUGCCCGCCCUGCCCAUCCUGCCCCGCGUAUCCGCCCCAACGGUCAGGCCAUCCUGGAGAAGGGGCAGAAGGGGACGGUCGGGGUCUUGCUGAAGCUGGAGGGGAUCUCUCUCUACAGGGAGCCGCCCCUGAAAAGGAAAGAGGCCAAGGACCACGAGAAGGAGAAUGUGAGGCGGAUGAGGGAGAUCCAGAGGAAAUGCAAGGAGAAGGAGCUGGUGCGGGAGCACAGCCAGCCCAAACCCAUGAAGGCCUUGUGGAAAUCCCAGAAGUAUGAGAAUGUGGAGUCCAAGGUGAAGGCCAAGUUGCAGGAGAGCUCUCCCCCGCCCAACCCGGAGUCUCAGAAAUUCCUCCGGGCAUAUUCCCGCUGCGGCUCUGGGGUCCAGCCACGCCGUUCGCUGUCGCCCAGCCCUGCCAAAACGAGAGUGGUGACCGACACUGAGGCUGCAGGAGCACAGCGCACUGAUGCCAAGAUCCAGGUAGAAGGCACCAGCGUCGACUUCGUAAGCCACAACGCCCGCACUGCCAAACGGGCCCCCAUGCGGCGCUCGCGCUCGCUGCAGUCGCUGGCCGAGGCGCUGGAGCAGAAGCACCGGGAGCAGGAGGAGUACAACGCCAAGCAGAAGGGCCACGUGCCCCAGUACCUGCUGGAGCGGAAGGAUCACUGGCGCAGGGAGAUGGAGGAACGGCAGCGGAACCUGCCCGACCCUGACAUGCCACCGGGUCACACCAUGAUGCCAGAGAGCGAGCGGCUGGCAACCCUGAACAACCUGCAGCAGAGCCAGGAGCAGCUGGUGAAGGACCUUGUGAUGCUGCCGGUGCGGGCCGACACCCUGAGCAUUCAGAAGAGGCGGGCGGAGCUGGAGAAGAAGCUGUCGCAGAUCGAUGAGGCCCUCAAAAUCUUCUCCCGGCCCAAGGUCUUCAUCAAGCUGGACUCCUGA